AGUGGUCAUCAUGCUGAUCGCGCGCAUCCUAAAUCUUCCAUUUAGCGCGCGUCACAUUUCAAUUGUGACUCUUCUCUCAAGAUGAUUAGAGAAAUACAGCAGGUGCUGCGGUUGAUCAUGUGUUUGAGAAGGCAGAGGCAGCAGCAUGGUUUAAAGAGUACUGGAGGUCUUUUGGUACUCUUGUGGACUGAAAAACGAGUUCCUGUUCAAAGUCUGAACUGCACUGUUGCAGCAGCUGGUCCUUGGUGUGCAGGGAUUAACAUGGACAAACUCCAGCCAGUCCUCACAGAUUUGAAGGAGAGCAUGUUUCACUGUGCAUGGUCAUGUCCUCAGCCUGACCCUGAGGAGCUAUGUGCUUUCACUGAACGGCAUGGUUCCCUCAGAUUUCUCCUGUCUUUUCAGGUGACAGAUUCAAGUCUUCUUGGUCCAGGGUGGUGUGCUUACAUAGAAGCACUCCUACACACAUUCAGCUUGGCUAAUGCAAAGAUCAAAAUCAACUUCUUAUUCAAACUUGGUCAACAGAUCUUCCGGCGAGAAUUUAGAGGGAAUAUUAAGAGAAGAAUCGCAUGGGCUGACCAACCACCGCUGGUGUUGGAUGUCACCUGUCGCACACAGCCUCCUGGGAGUGUGAUAAAAGGACGCUGGUGUCUCGGAGGUCACCCUUUUUGUGGAGGUCAGAUACCCCUCAGUAUCCCCCCUGCAGCCAUGGAUCACGGCUUGUUUGGGGAACUCUGCAUCCAGCCUGUCACACUCCUGAGCCCCUGUGUGCUGCAGUACCCACAUCUGACAACUCAACUUACCAGCAUUCAAGUGCUGGUGUAUAGCCCCAGUACUGUCCCUGUCACAGGCCCCUCCACCUUCUUCCAGACCCUCCCUGCACAUCUGGACUGUGAAGACCUGGGCCUGCACAGCCUUCACUGUUCCCCCUUUAAAGAUCUUGUGCACAGCUCUGGCACUGUUUACACGGUUGAACAAGAAAACUCUGAAGAGCCAGAACAAGAAUUGAAUCUUUCCCCCAUACAGCAGAGCCUCCUGCUUUUCCUCUUCCUGCAGCACAUUGACCCCUUCACCUGCCAGCUCUCUGACAUCAUGGUCACAGAGGCGCUGAUAGAGCACCACCUGGAGGAUAUUCUGAACAACAACAGGCAGAGAGUAACAACAGCCCUGCAGACUGAGCUGAAGAACGCACUGAAAGCCCAAAACUGCAGACAAGAAGAACAAGAGAAGCUGCGUUCAGCGUCUGAAGUGAUUCUUAAUUCAUCAAUCAGUAUUGUGAGCUGCAGCAGUAGCACAGACUUCAGAGAUGCCUGUUUGAACUGCAUGAAGGUGCGUGACACUCAUGAACUGUCGGCUUCCCUCCGUGAAUCCCUGAGGAGGGUGACAUCAUGGAAAUUUGUCUCCAGGGGUGGGUGCUAUUCAGAUCAGAUGGAUGGACACCUGGAGAGUGAUGAACCAACAAGAACCGAACUCUGAGAACAUCUGUCUGUGUCGAGUUCGUAAUAAAUGAGGAGGCAGACAACACUGUUUUUUUUUUUUUUAGAUUUAUUUGUAAGCAUUUGCAGUGUCAUAAAUGGGCUGGCAGUAGAAAUAGUUAUUAAUUAAUGCAAGUGUACUGUUUUAAAAUAUUUUGGUUUUUUUUUCUUUUUUUUCUUUUUGUUGUUGUUGUAGCAAAAAAUAUAAAUUCUCAAAUAGGUAACAUUACAGAAGAGAUCUGUAUUAAACUUUAUUUAUAAUCUGAAAUAGCCAUGCAUUCAUGUUCUUUUCAGUGUACGCCCAAAAAUAAACAAAAUGCAUUAUAUAAUAACAUAGUUAUGAUAUGGCUAGUAGUGGUGUGCAGGGUAUACGCGGGAGUACGGGGUAGAGCCACUUAUUUUUUGUCACCAUAGAGCAUACUUUGCUUUAAAACUAAGGGUAUACCCACUUCUGCACACAUCACUAGACUAAUCAAUAAUGAAAAUAUUCAAACAGGCCUGAAAGUACAUAAAAAUUAUUUUGACCAAUUACGAAGGAACAUAAAUAUAUUAAUUUUGUGGCAGAUGUUAAUUCUGUUAUUGCCCACCACAUAAUUUUUACAGUUAUUUAAAUUUAGUCCUAAUUUCAAGAUUAAAAUGUUUAUUAAUUUAUGUCA